UUAUAAUGCUUAACAUAUAAUUAAGUCUAACGACAAAUUAUCACAGACAUUAUUAAAAAAUAUGUGCUUUCAAUUAAUGUAUUUUUUGGGGACCGAAGGCAUUUAUUGUUGACUUAUUCCACUUGUCGUGUGAAGAAAAAAACACACACACUAAGAAGACUAGACACGUCUAUAGUCUCCAUAUAAUACACACACGCUUCCAAGAAACAAAAAUGCAUCAGAAGGUGUGAAGUUGCGCGUCAUAACCCUGAAACGUUAAUAGAUUAGAUUUUCUAGCUGGAUUGAAUCUCUCUAUACUCAAUUAUUUAAAUUUCAUCUCGGAGUAUCAGCGAUUGAAAGUGACGUUAAAGUAUUUUUCUGCACACUCAUCGCGCAAUGUCAGUCAACAUGCUCGCACGCAUUUGCAAUAGAGUAUUAAAAAAUCAGUCUUCUAAAUUGACAGUUCAAUUUCAACAACGGAAAUUUUCAUCUGGAAAAAAAUUUAAGGAAGUUGAAAUUAAAGUGCCAUGGGGUAAAUUAGCUGGUAAACAUUGGGGACCAACAGACGCACCGCCAAUAAUAGCUUUGCAUGGCUGGCAAGACAAUUCAUGUUCUUUCGAUCCCCUGGCAGUAAACUUACCAUCAAAUAUAUCUCUGCUAGCUAUAGACCUUCCAGGUCAUGGAUUCUCCAGCUGGAUCCCCAAAGGGCUCAUGUACAAUACUCUUCUGUACGUCCAAACAAUUCAUCGCAUAAAAGAAUACUUUGGAAUGGAAAAAUUUGGGCUGAUGGGCCACUCCUUAGGCGGCAUGGUAACUUUCAAUUACACGUCAUUAUUUCCUGACAAUGUUAAAUUUGUAGUAGCCUUUGAUUACUUCAAGUACCCAUCACUCAACGCCGUAAAACAUCUACCGUUAUUCGCCAGAGAAUGGAAUCAGUUUUUCAGCUAUGAAAAAUUUACGACGCCUGUUCCAAGCUAUGUCGAGGAGGAAGCGAUAACACGAUGGAUAAAAGCCUCCAGAAACUCUUUGGACGUUGAAUUAUGUAAAAUAUUGAUGGAGCGCGGUGUUACUAAAAAAGAAGACGGUACUAUGUACUUUCACCGCGAUCCACGAGUCAAAUUAUUUUUGACGGACACAGGAUACACGCACGACCAUCUUAAAUUACUCGCCCGUCAAAUUCACUGCCCCUACAUGAUUAUAAAAGGUGAAAAUUCGAAACACAACGAGCCCAAAGAAUUUUACUAUGACGUACUCGAAGAAUUGAAAGAAGUCUCUGAUGACUUUCGCUUCCACACCGUACCUGGGACGCAUCAUUUUCAUAUGAGCAAUGCUGCCACUGUUUCGGAGAUUAUGAAUCCUUUUAUAUCUAAAUACGCUUAAUUAAAUUUUACUUCAAUUAAUUUUAACUAGAGGGUCUGUCAAAAAUGAUCACGAUAAACUUUUGAUUAUCACGAAAAUAAUUGUAAUAAAAAAAAAAUUACGGAAGUUAUCAUUAAAUGUUUUCAUACUAAAUAUUUUCGAUGAAAAUUACGUUAGCCGACACUUGAAAAUUUUUUAAUUUUUUUUUUACUAAAAAAAUGACUA